AUGAUCGGCCGGACAAUCGGGUUCUGGCCGAGUCGGAACGGUCGGGGCCAGACGGAUGCGUGGUCGGCCGAUGUGGUCGGACGGGUGAAAACUUGGCCGAUGAAAUCUCGGUCGGACGCGGGACGUAGUUUCCCGGGUCGGACGGCGCGUUCGUGCGUGGUUGAUGUCUUUUGGAGCAUUCUGGAGCAUAUGGGACAAGGAGCAUGGAGGGACUUGGCACAUGGAAGCAGCUCAACUGGAUACGCAAAGGAAGAAGGGAGAAGCCAUCUUGAAGACCAGCUCGACCGUCUACUCGACCAACCGGUCGAGUUCCUCAACUCGACCGGCCAAGCUUCAACUCGAUCGAGCUGGAAGUCAAAGUCAAACCCGAAAAAUGUUGCUUCCCCCUUGACUUUCCUUUGA